UCAUCUAGACGCCGGAAUAGGGGCGGCUCUUCACCCGGAAAAUGAAUGUCCAUCACGAGGUGCAUAUAUUUUGCUGACUGCAGUAUUUAUGGAAGAUUGAGCAAAAUCGUUAGACUACACAUCACACAGCGAACAAUAUCAAAGUCUUAUAUUUACCAGCCGAGUGCUUUACUUUCAGACCGUAGCAUCCCCGGAACAAAAUGGCUACCACCGACAACGUUGAAGAGCAGUACAAGCCAUUGAAAGUGUUGAUAGCUGGUGGUGGGAUUGGAGGGCUCUCAGCAGCCAUUUUUCUCCGACAAGCAGGACACAAUGUAGAGGUUUGUAGACAUGCGUAAAUUUCAUGAAGGAAGUAAAUUAACAGCAAUCUAGAUCUUCGAGCAAUCACGUUUAGCAUCUGAAGUAGGUGCAGCAAUACACAUUCCUAGCAACGUCAACGGUUUAUUACGAAGGAUGGGCAUGGUGCCGGAAGAUCAUGGAGCAAACCUAAUUGAAUGGAUUUCUGAAUAUAAAUCGAACGGCGAGGUGUUGAUUGUCAGAGACGUGAGAGGAAUGUCCAAGGCUUAUCCAUACCCGUGGCAACUGAUCCAUCGAGUGGAUCUUCAUAGUGCGUUGAAAGAAAUUGCUACAUCGGAUAAUGGAAAAGGAAGCCCUGCAGUUCUGCAUACUCGAAGUAGAGUUACUUCUGUUGAUGUCAAAGCUCCAUCUUUAACUUUGGAAGACGGAUCUACGCAUAUGGGUGAUUUCAUAAUCGCUGCGGAUGGUGUUCAUUCAAAAAUUAGGAGUACACUCUUAAGAGAUCACCCACCUCCGGAGUCAUCUGGAGCCAACGCCUUCAGGUUUAUGAUCCCAAUCGACAACAUUCGAAAUGAUCCCAAGACUGCGCAUUUCGUCGAAAAAACUGGAGAUAUGCUUGUAAUAUCUGGGGAAGAUCGAAGGAUAGUUGCAUAUCCAUGUAGGAGCAAUACCUUAUUGAACCUUGUGGCAAUGCAUCCCGAAGAAGAAACAGAAGCUAGUUCCGAAGAGUGGAGCCAAAGUGCAUCCAAAGACAUGCUUUUGAAAUGUUACGCUUCAUAUACAGAUGAUGCACAAGCCCUGCUGGCAAAAGUCUCUCCUGGUGACAUCAAAUUAUGGAAUUUGCUAGACCAUGAGGAGCUAGGAAGAGAAAAUUGGGUUCAUGGCAAAGUGGCACUUCUUGGUGAUGCCGCUCACGCAUUUCUCCCACACCAAGGGCAAGGUGGUGCUCAGGCCAUAGAAGACAGUGCAGCAAUAGGUGCUUUAUUUCAACUGGGUACUACUCCGUCUGACAUUGAGCAACGUCUGAAACUUUAUGUUCAAGCUAGAUACGAUCGUGCUACGCUUGUGCAGGACUUCACUCGUCAAGCAGCAUUUAAAACGCCUCGUGGAAAGCAUGGAGGCAAGCUUAAGGACGGUAUGCAAUUCAUGGAUAUAAAUCUUAGCCACGACGCAUACGAUCACGCGCAUGGAAUAUUGCUUCGAGAUUUAAAUAGAAAUGCUCUGUCUCGCAGAAUUCCAAUGCCCUUUGGGCCUACCCCAGGUCCUAGACAAGACUUAAACGGAAAGCCUCGGGGCCCUCCAAAAGGAUCAUAUAAGACAAGUUAUAUUACCUUUAAAACUCACAAGAGCUAUCUAUCAACGCUUCUGCCAUCUGAAAAUUUCCAGAUAAACACCGAUGAUAUGUGGGCGACUGCCAUAUUCUCAACCACACGCGUAGGUAAUCUGGAAUGGCUAGGAGGCCGAGGAUAUUCAGUGUUCGGACUAUACGUACAUGAUGUCGUACAUAAGGAUCCAUCAACCGGCGCUGAAUUGAAAGGUGACUUGCUACCAGUUUCUUUUCACAACAUGGCCGAUCCAAUUAUUAGCGGCCGAGAAGAACUAGGAAUUUCCAAAGUCUUCGCGACCUUAGAGGAGAAAUCCAACUCGGAUUCGUCGUUCGUGUUGAGUUCUGGUUGGGAGGGUACAGAAUUUUGUCGUUUGACUUUGAAUGAUUUGAAGGAGACUUCAGAAGCCGAGUCCGUUCUUCAGAACCCAACCCUGCAUUACAGGGUCAUUCCUUCAAGCGUGAAACAAGAACAGGAUGCAGAGUAUGCGGCUGCUUAUCCUCCAGUGCCAGCGGCAAAAGAAGAAAAGAGAUGGAAGGCUGGGAGCGCGGAAGUCGUGUUCACAGAUCUGGAAAAUAGGGAACUGGAGAUGGCAUUCCCAACACUGGUAAAUAUAAUUAAGGGUCUCCGAGGUAUCAAAAUUGUGGAGGUGAUCCGAUCUGGAAUUCAAAGUUCAGUUCCAUAGUUCUAUAUGAGUUGAAGGGUAGAUUGGAGGAAGUGUUUCUGGGUCAUGGAUGAUAUAUUUUAGGGUUGUACAGACUGUGUAUGAUAGAUUUUUUUUAGAUAUUCAUUAUAAAAGGGCGGUUAGGUGUUAUAUAUAUAUAUGAUCAAAACUCAAAUUAAGGUUUCUAAUCUUUCUUAUCAUUUUCUAACUUGUUUCGAUCUAAUUAAUUAUACUUUUUCUCUACUAUAAUCAUCCUUGUUA